AUGGUACCAGGAAACCAAACACAAUUCACUGAAUUUAUCCUCCUGCGAUUUUCUGAGAAACCAAAUGAGGAGGGGCCCCUCUUUGGACUAUUCUUGGGGAUGUAUUUGAUCACAGUGCUUGGAAACCUGCUCAUAAUGUUGGUCAUUGGCUCUGACUCUCACCUCCACACCCCCAUGUACUUCUUCCUUUCCAACUUGUCCUUUGUGGACAUCUGUAUGGUGUCCACCACAGUCCCCAAGAUGCUACUGAGCAUCUUGACACAAAACAAGGCCAUAUCCUAUGCUGGUUGUCUUGCCCAGAUAUACUUCUUUUUGCUUUUUGUUUGUUUGGACAAUAUGCUUCUCACUGCAAUGGCCUAUGACCGUUUUGUGGCUAUCUGUCACCCUCUACGCUAUGCAGCCAUCAUGAGCCCUCAGCUCUGUAGCCUGCUGGUUAUGUUCUCCUGGAUUAUAAGCUUUCUAAACUCCCUCAUUCACUGUCUGAAUGUAACACGGCUCUCCUUCUGUACAGACCAUGAAAUUCAGCACUUCUUUUGUGAUCUUGCUGAGGUUCUGAAACUCUCUUGUUCUGACAUUCUCUUCAAUUAUAUCUUCAUAUAUUUUGUUGCUGGACUGCUGGGUAUUCUCCCUCUCACUGGGAUCAUUUUCUCUUACAGUCAGAUCUGUUCUUCCAUCUUGAAAAUCCCAUCUGCUCAGGGUAAGUAUAAAGCCUUUUCCACCUGUGGAUCUCACCUCUCUGUUGUUUCCUUAUUCUAUGGCACAGAAUUUGGAGUGUAUUUGAGCUCCUCUGCUACCCACUCUUCCUGGAAGAGCACAGUUGCUUCAGCAAUGUAUGCUGUGGUCACUCCCAUGUUGAACCCCUUCAUCUAUACACUGAGGAAUAAAGAUAUAAAAGAUGCCCUUAGGAGGCUUAUUAGCAAAAUAGCCUCCUCUAAGUGA